GAUACUAUUUUUUUUUUACAAAAUGAGGCCGAAGACGCGAGCCAGCACUCAAUCUACACAAGUACAAAAACCGAGUAGUUCUAUAAAACUUAUGAACAGAAUGUUCAGAAGAGCAGUUGGAUUGAUAGAUGCUAAAAUAAAUAGAUUAGAGGAAAAAAUUACAUCUGCAAACGUUAUCGUUGAUGAUCAGCGAGGCACACCUACUAGUGAUACAACUGCUUCUCUAUUGGAGAACACAAUGACACAACCGUCUACAUCCACAUUGCCACAAAACUCUGAAAUUCAGCAAAUAAUAUAUGCAGUACCUAAUUUAUCUGAGAAGCCAAAAUACCCGGGAAGAAGAGGAACUCACCCAGUCACUUUUAUUGAAGAUUUAACUGCUUAUAUAAAUAAAGGUUCAGUGAUGAGAGAUAACAUCGAAAUAAUCAUUGAAUGUCUGGAAGGAGAGGCACGAGAUUGGGCUCGGAUUUACAAGGAAAGAUGGACAGGUUUUGAAGAUUUCAAAAGAGAUUUCAUGAGUACAUAUUGGGGUGAAGCAGAGCAAAACGAAUUAAGACGGAAAAUAGUUCACAACACAUGGGACAGGACAGAACAUCCAACGAUGUUAGGACAUUUUAUUUCUUUAGCCGGUCAGGCUAAAAUGCUCAGUUUUCCUAUACCGAAGAUGACCAAUUAAUUUCAGAGCACAUUGAUAUAUUCAAAUCGGAAUUACGUUUAAAAAUAUUAGGCGAAGAGGUUUUAUGUCUGUUAGAUACUGGUUGUGACAUAAGUUGUAUUUCUGAAUCCUUUUGGGAAAACAUUAAAAGUAAUUCUGAAAAAAUACCUUUAUUACCUAUUAAACCAGUUCAAAUUCGGGGAGCUAUAGGACAAAAGAGUGCAAAGGUACAACAAGUGAUUAUAUUACCAAUAAAUAUACAAGGAGAAAUCAUUG